UCUUUUAUUAUUACAUUUUAUUUUUAUCCUUAGUUCUUUAGUUCUGCUGUCUGCGCGAAACACAGCUUUGCGAAACCGCAUCGAUCACUCUUGAUCCGAUUCCACCGUCACGGAUAUUUCUUCUGCCACCGUCUAUCGCAGCUCUUCGCCGUCGCCGGAAUCCUGAAUGUUGAUGACAUUGUGAAGUGAUGAUGAGUUGAAGAGCUAUCCAGUAACAUGGCAUGAACAGUAUAUUCUUCUACACUCGAAGGUUAAUCUAGCUUAAACGUUACAAGGAUGUUUUCUUUGUUUUAUGGACUAUGGAAGUACCUGUUCAGCAAGAUGGAGCUUCAUGUACUCAUAUUGGGCAUUGACAAAGCUGGGAAAACGACUUUGCUGGAGAAGAUGAAGUCAGUCUACUCAAAUAUCGAAGGCAUUCCUCCUGAUCGAAUUAUUCCAACUGUGGGAUUGAAUAUUGGUCGCAUUGAAGUGACAAAUAGUAAACUUGUAUUUUGGGACUUGGGAGGUCAGCCUGGUCUUCGCUCAAUCUGGGAGAAAUAUUAUGAAGAGGCACAUGCUGUAAUAUUUGUUAUUGAUGCUGCUUCUCCCUCACGCUUUGAAGAUGCGAAAUCAGCUCUUGAAAAGGUUCUUCGGCAUGAGGAUCUUCAAGGAGCCCCUCUUUUGAUAUUAGCGAACAAGCAGGACCUUCCUGAAGCAGUAUCAGCUGAAGAGCUUGCUCGAUAUCUGGAUUUGAAGAAGUUGGAUGAAAGAGUUUACAUGUUUGAAGCUGUGUCAGCAUAUGAUGGGAUAGGGAUUAGGGAAAGUGCAGAAUGGUUGGUGGAAGUGAUGGAGAGAAGCAAGAGGACUGAAAUGUUAAGAGCAAGGGCAGGUGCAAUGGGUCCAGGUCCCUAGAAGGGUCUUACACAAUAAACUGAAGUGAUCUCUCUAUUCCUUUAUAUAGUUUUUGUUAAUCCAAAUUGGAUUAUACAUGAUUAAAAGUCACUGAGCUGAAAAUGUAAAAGAAUAAUUCGAUGUUAUACUAAUCCGAGCCUUGUUUGAUGUUUAGUUUGUAAUACAGCUGUUUCAUGCUAGGCUCAGCCCCCAGUAUCUCUUACAGAAUUUUUUUCUACUGACAUGCCUUGUAUAAGCAAUCUAUCAAGUGCUGGGCUGCGCUGGAGGAUUUUCUGCUUCUGCCUCCGUGCACACUUUUGUCGACUCUAUUUUGUAAUUUGUACGGUUCGUAUUGGAAUGAAUUUAAUUUACUUUUCUA